GCGUGGUCGUUUGGCAAAAGCGAAACCUUCAUGCCACCGACGUAAAAACAAAAUUAAUGUGAAAUAAAAUAAAAUGGGAGAAUGUUUCAAAGAUCCAACUAAGAGCUUUGUGUGCUCUUUCAUCAACUGUAAAGCUUCGUUUUCCAAGUCAUGGAAGCUGGAAGCACAUUACUGCAAACACACUGGGCUGAGACCUUUCGCAUGUGAUAGCUGUGAUAAAAGUUUUUGCACCCGCUACCAGCUGACCAGGCACAACCUGAGUCACAGUGGAGAGAAGCCAUACCGAUGUUUAGUGGAAGGCUGUGUGGAGGGCUUUACCAGUACCGCAGGGUUAAAGAACCAUGUUGAACGUGUACACCAGCAUAAACAGAAGUACUAUGUAUGUGACCAUGAAGGUUGUUUGAAAGAGUUCCGCAAACAUAACCAGCUGAAGUCUCACAAAUGUGAGCAUGCAAACCAGUCACCUUUUGAAUGCCAGUAUGAGGGAUGUGGGAAGAAGUAUGCCACAUCUAAAAAGCUGCAGAAACAUGAGAGAGUGCAUGAUGGUUACCCGUGCACUGAAGAGGACUGCGCCUUUCAGGGAAGGACGUGGACGGAGUAUCAGUCACACAAGAGAACAGAGCACAGAGAGGCUCUGCAGUGUGACAGCUGCGUGAAGGUUUUCCAUCAAGCCUGGUUUCUGAAGAAGCACAAACUCUUCUUUCACCUGGGCGAACGUCGCGAGUUUCAGUGCACCAAGGAGGGCUGUGAGAAAAUCUACACCACGCGUUUCAACCUCCAGAAUCACAUCCUGUCCUUCCAUGAGGGCAAGCGCUCCUUUAUCUGUUCUCAUGAUGGUUGCGGGAAAGCGUUCGCUAUGGAGGAAAGUCUGAAGCGCCAUGCUGUAGUCCAUGACACUCAGAAGAAAAAGUUGCAGAAGAAGACCAAACGAGGAUGGAAGAAACGUAAAACAAAGAUGAAUGUUUCGAACGCCUCUGGACUCUCUGUACAGCUGCGAAAUCUCUCUCUGAACAAGUCCACAUCCCAGAACAAGCCAUGAAAACAAUGAUUUCCUAUUCAGCAUAAUUCCAUUUAAAAGCACUCCUAAAUAAACUCACUUCCCUGCA